AUGGAGGAAAUUGCAGGAAGGUAUGAACACCAUUUUUUGAUGAAUAGAAGCACACAAAUAAUCAACGAAGGGAUUUGGGCGAAGCAUUACUCGUCGAAUCAUCAGAUUCUGCUGGUCGGAGAAGGGGAUUUCUCGUUUGCUCUCAGUUUGGCUGUCUCGUUUCGAUCAGGUUUCAACAUCGUAGCUUCUUCUAUCGAUUCUUACGAUGUUGUGCUUAGGAAAUAUAAGAGAGCGAAAAGGAACUUGGAUCAUUUGUCUAGAUUGGGAGUUCAGCUUUUAUACGGAGUUGAUGCAAGAACGAUGAAGCUUCAUGUUGAUCUUCAUAUGCGAAAGUUUGACCGCAUCGUAUACAAUUUCCCGCAUGCCGGUUUUCUCGGAAAAGAAAGCGAUCAUGGAGUCAUCAUGAUACACAGAAAUCUGGUUUGCAGUUUCCUCAAGAAUGCAAGUCGGAUGUUGCGACCAAACGGCGAAGUUCACGUAACCCACAAGACUAAAUACCCGUUCGAUUGUUGGAAUAUCGAAGAACUCGCCUCCCAAAGUUGUUUGACGUUGCUAGAAUGUGUCGAAUUCAAGCUCGGAGAUUAUCCUGGAUACAACAACAAACGGGGAGACGGGUCGAGAUCCGAUGAGCCCUUUCCGUUAGGAAAAUGUUGUACUUUCAAAUUCAUAUUAUCGACAACCAAGAAAUCAACCACUUCAUAUCAUACAAAUCAUCAAGAACCUCUACAAAUCCUGUUGCAGAGACCGAAUGCGAUUCUGCUUAAGAAUAAGGCCCCUGUUAUCGACAGCGGGGAAUGCUUUAGGAUUUUCGUGGAGUAUUUCAAUCAUGCACGAUCGACAUACGGGCAAACUGAUUCCUGUCUAUUGACUUCUGUUUUGAAUCAUCUGAGAUUCGGGUUUCAAAGAUACAUGACCGAAGAUCACGGGAGAUGGUUGAUCGGCUACGUAAAUCUUUUGGGAGAGCUUCGAAGUUUGAGUGAACGGAGGAUCGAAUUCUUGCAAAACCGGUUGCUGGAAGUCGAUCACCGACGUUGCUUGUAG